AGAAUUAAAAAGAGCACAGGAAUUCCAAGGAGUUUCACGAUGGAGGUGAAAGAUCCCAAAACAAAGGGUGCUAUGCUGACAAACACUGGAAAAUACGCCAUACCAACUAUUAAUGCGGAAGCUUCUGCUAGAGGAAAGAAGGAAAAGCCGCCCUUUUUACCCUCAUCCUCUGAUGAUCCGAUUCCAGAUGAGUUGCUGUGUCCCAUUUGUAGAGAUACGAUGACCGAUGCAGUUGUUAUUGCCUGCUGCAGAAACAGUUUUUGUGGCGAAUGUAUUAGAACAGCAUUACUGCAAUCGGAGGAACAUACGUGCCCAGCAUGUCAUCAGGCAGAUGUUUCUCCUGAUGCUUUAGUUGCCAACAAGUGCCUACGCCAGGCUGUGAACAACUUCAAAAGUGGAACUGGCUACAGAAAGCGGAUUCAGCAGCAACAGCAGCGGCAGCCGCCACCGCCACCACCUUCACCACCACUCGUGAGACAAGCAAUAACAUGCAACCUGCAGCCUCUGCUCCGGCCAAAAAUGUCCAGACAGCAGGCGCCACUAAUGAUUUCGUUAGCUUCUCUGGCUUCUCCUUCUGCUUUGGCAUCGUUGGCCCCUGGUCCGUCACCUGUGGCAGCCUGGCUGCCAGUAAGUCCCUCUUCUGUCAUUGUCUCUGAUCUCCCUCCAGCAGUGCCCCUACCUCUCCGUGCUGAAAAGCCAGAUAGACCUUCUUGUCGUUCAGUCCAGGUUUACCCCGAGAGAGGAACCUUUCUUCCCCGGGAGCCCUCUGAUUUGAAGUGGCUAGGAAUUCCUAAAGUAACCAUUCGGUUAUGCCAGACCUUCUUGAGUGCAUUCAUUUCUGUGUAG